AUGCUAGAUCUCAAGCUUGAUGCAGAGACAACACCCGGAAGAGCGAAUCGUCUAUGGGAGAGGUUAACAAUAAAAGAAAAAAUGAUACUUGUUAUACUAGAUGAUAUAUGGGAGAAACUUGAUUUGGAAGCAAUAGGAAUUGAUCCUUGUAAGGGAUGCAAAGUAGUGCUGGUAUCCAGACAGCGCGAUUUAUCAUCUUGUGAAAUGGGUACCCAAAAGGAUUUUGGAAUUGAAGUGUUACCCGAAAAAGAAGCAUGGGAAAUAUUUGAGAAGAUGGAAGCUGAUCUGUUAAAGACCCGAAUUUACGAUUUAUAG